GGGUGCGGGCCCUGCUCCCCUGCUCCCCGCACCGCCGCUGGGCUCGCCCGGCCUGCUAGCGGCGCCGGGUGCCCUUGGUCUGGCCGCAGCGCGGGGCUCGGUGGCGGCGAGCGGCGCAGUCAUGGUGAAUUUCGCCCAAGCUUUGCGUGAUCACUGGGUUCACAUCCUUGUUCCCUUAGGAUUUGUGGUUGGAUGCUAUUUGGACCGAAUGAAUGAUGAAAAACUGUCAGCCUUCAGAAACAAGAGCUUAUUAUAUAGAAGAGAAUUGAAGCCUGGUGAAGAAACUACAUGGAAAUAAAGGCUGCUGAUUAAUUGAAAAUACUGUCAUUUGAUUCAUCAUCUUCUCACAUAUUGAAAUAAUAGGGUUAUGGUUUUUAUCUUGAGAGAAUAUGUAAAGCUAUGUAUGUAAAGGGCACUUGCAGUUCAUCAGUGCUCGUUUAAUUUCCAGUUUUACUUUUUGGAAGAUGAUUUCAUGACAUGACUAAUCUGUGUCCAGGAAUUCCCUUAGUCCAUGCUCUGGAGGGGGUAGGAAGAAUUGCAGAAUAAAGAAAAACUAUGCAAAGCUA